UGCAUUUUCCUUCCCUCCUUCAUCAAACACCGGAAAAGAAAAGAAGACGUUGAGGGCAAUUUCUUCGUCCCUCUUUCCACCACCGAUUCCUUCCUCCCUCUACCUUCUCUUUUUUCUCUCUCUUUCUCUCCCUCUCUCUCGCGGAGAUGAUGGAGAUGGUGGGGGGAAUCUGUAGGUUAUUCCUAUCCGCCGUCAAUUGAGGAGAUUUACGUUUCCGAUCGAUUCCCAGAGGACGAGGGGGAAGGAGUUGUUUCUUUUUUUUCCGCUCCGCUAUCAAUUCCGACUGUUCGUCGAGGAGAUUUUGAUGUCUGGUUUCUUUUGAGUUAGACGGUUUAGAGGAAAGUUUAUAGGGCCUUUCUCCGUAAGUACCCGAUUUGGUUGUUCAUCGGUGAGAUUUUGGGGUUCCGACCGAUCGGCGGAGUGAGGAUGUACAGCAAUUUCAAGGAGCAGGCAAUCGAAUACGUGAGGCAGGCCGUGCAAGAAGACAACGCCGGCAACUAUGCCAAGGCCUUUCCUCUCUAUAUGAAUGCCCUCGAGUACUUUAAAACCCACCUCAAGUAUGAGAAGAAUCCCAAGAUCAGGGACGCCAUCACCCAGAAGUUUACGGAGUACCUUCGCCGCGCCGAGGAGAUCAGGGCCGCGCUCGAUGAGGGCACCACCCCGGGAUCCGGAGGGAACAGUAGCGUGGAUGCGGCUGUUGCGACGAGGCCCAAAUCGAAGCCCAAAGAUGGCGGCGGGAACGACGGGGAGGACCAGGAGCAAUCGAAGCUCAGGGCGGGCCUCAACUCGGCGAUCAUAAGGGAGAAACCGAACGUCAAGUGGAACGACGUCGCCGGGCUCGAGAGUGCCAAACAGGCUUUGCAAGAGGCCGUAAUCCUGCCCGUCAAGUUCCCUCAGUUCUUUACAGGCAAACGAAGACCAUGGAGGGCUUUCCUUUUAUAUGGUCCUCCUGGAACUGGGAAAUCUUAUUUGGCUAAGGCUGUUGCAACAGAGGCAGAUUCUACCUUUUUCAGUAUCUCUUCAUCAGACCUUGUCUCCAAGUGGAUGGGUGAAAGUGAGAAGCUUGUUUCAAAUCUUUUUCAGAUGGCACGUGAAAGUGCACCAUCAAUCAUCUUUAUUGAUGAGAUAGACUCUUUAUGUGGUCAACGUGGAGAAGGCAAUGAGAGUGAAGCUUCUCGACGAAUCAAAACAGAACUUCUCGUACAAAUGCAGGGUGUAGGUAACAAUGAUCAGAAAGUUCUUGUUCUUGCUGCUACAAAUACUCCAUAUGCUUUGGAUCAGGCUAUUCGCCGACGAUUUGACAAGAGGAUAUAUAUCCCCCUCCCUGAUUUGAAAGCAAGGCAACACAUGUUUAAGGUUCAUCUAGGAGACACACCACACAACUUAACUGAAAGAGACUUUGAGAAUUUAGCACGCAGGACGGAGGGGUUUUCAGGAUCAGAUAUUUCAGUUUGUGUCAAGGAUGUUCUGUUUGAGCCUGUACGUAAAACCCAGGACGCCAUGUUCUUUGUAAAAGAUGAUGAUGAUAAUUGGAUACCAUGUGGACCUAAGCAACGUGGAGCUUUGCAGACUACCAUGCAGGACCUUGCUGCCAAAGGACUUGCUUCCAAGAUUCUGCCACCACCUAUUACAAGCACAGACUUUGACAAAGUUCUUGCAAGGCAGAGGCCAACGGUUAGCAAAGCUGAUCUUGAAGUUCACGAGAGAUUUACCAAAGAGUUUGGGGAAGAGGGUUGAUCCACGAUUUGGGACUGACAGGUAUUGGAAUUGUAUUUAUCUGAUUUGUGUAAUGAGAAAUAUUGUUCCAUUUGGCACUUAUAUUCCUCCAAACCGUAAGGCCCUUUGUGUGAGAAAUGAUACUUUGAAGCAAAAGUACAGCAGUCAGUUUUACGAUAGGAAAGUGGAACAUCUUUUUGCCCUUUUUA